UUACAUACUGCUGCUGCUUGAGCUCUUAGCAACGGUGCUCAGCAACAGAACCACGGCAACAGAGCUCCACGGUAACAGCGUGCCGAGUCUCCCCAAUGGAGCUGCCAUUGGGCGGACCAGCGCUCAGGCACUACACCCAGAGCAGACCCAGACCUCAUCGACAGAAACUCAACUACCGUCCCAGCAGACCACAGGAGACCAUCAUUGAGAGUGAGAAUGAAGUCCUUGAGCUCAUGGGGCGAGUGGAUGAGGGAGUAGAAGAGUUCUUCACUAAGAGAGUCCUGCCUACAGAUGUUCUGAAGAAAGAAGAUGAAGAAUCGAUCAAAGUUCAUGAAGUGUCUCCAGCCAGCUCCAUCCCUCUACCACCACCAACAAAAACAUUCAGGAGGAAGCUCGGUGAUUUCUUCACGCUCAGAAAGAGACGAGGUUUGAAAUCAGAAACGAGCCACGAGGGCCGGCCCAAAAAGGCCUCCAUCGCCGACUUCAUACGCCCGCUCAGGGAGGUCGCGAGAGCUGAGAAAGAGAAAGAGAAGGACAGAGUGAAGGAACAUGACAAGGAAAAUGAAAAGGACAAAGGUCCCAGUGCUGGAGAGUCAGCUGUUCAGGAGACACCUCCACUCAGAGGCGAGGCGGUGCCUCCACGCCGAGCUCUCAGAGAGGGGAAGUCCCAGUCUCUCAUUCUGCUGUCUGGAUCAGCAGCAACAGGAACUCCUAAUGCCAGGAACACUGCAAAGAAACAGUUUGAAGGCCAGCACAGCUUUGAACAGAAGCUCCAUCUGAUGCUUCAACGCAUCGGAGUCUCCAAACCACCACCAGAAGAAACUCCGAAUCAGGAGGGAGAAAUGAAAAAGGCAGAGUCUGAAGGCACCAUCAUUGACAGUAAACCUGAGGCGUCUGCUUCUUUCUCUAAACCUCGAACAAUGUCUGCGUCCUCAGACACGAGGCAUCAAAUUCGACCAAGUGUGUCGGCUCACGAGUCAGCUGGAAAACCUGCUCUGCCUCCAAAGCCAGUGAUCAAACCCGGUCCGGUCCUCACGACAUCGUCAGCAUCAGGCCACAACACACACAGUCCAACCACCAUCAUCACCUCUGCUGUACUGACCAGCUCUGAUUCAGACCCUGACUCAACUCCUGCUGCAGCUGCCGCACACACACAUGUCACAGAGGCCGACAGCAAGGCCUCUGACGGUCGUUCACCAACAACACAACAGCUGACUGCUGCCGUCCCAGCAACACCGGCAACGACAACACAACAGCUGACUGCUGCCGUCCCAGCAACACCGACAACGACAACGACAACACAACAGCUGACUGCUGCCGUCCAGCAACACAGACAACGACAACAGACAACAACAACAGCUGACUGCUGCCUGUCCCAGCACAGCUGA